UAAGCUGGCUUGUGACGGUCGAAUAGUGUAAUACGCGCUGAGACUUUGCAAUCCUCGAAAAUGAAGGUAAUUGCACAGCCUAUCUAUACCGUGGCUUCAUGCUGCACAAUGAACGGCACGUGCAGGCCAUCGAUAAUCUUGCGCACCGACUUGCGCGCACCUUCACGUCCUAGGCUGCCCCGUCUAGGCCAGCAGCGACUCCAUGCCGAGGAGCCCUUGUCGGACAACUUUGAUUCCAUCGCCUGGCCACGUAACGGAGGCCCAUUGCCUGGAGCGCGCGGUGCCUAUGGCAGCCAACUCGGCGGAUAUGUUCUGGACGGGGAGUGGGCCGGCGCAGGACGUAAACGAAGCAAUAUCACGAAUGCAAGGCUGGAAAUGUAGGCUAUUCAGGAGCCGGAUAGGUAAAGUACUGAGGCAUGGGUGGAAAGGCGGCGGAAAGGGACAAGAGGUCCUUCCGAGCUCAAGCAUCAGACCUUGCUCGACGCCCACGCAAUUGACUGUGACACUCCAUAGGUGCGUGACGUCACAGUUCGGAUUAUGCACCACUCAUUUAUUCCGCGCCUUAUAUCCGCCCUGCAUUGCGCGGUGGUGGGCUCAGUCUACCUCAUAUCUGACUUCAUCCCCCAGGUUGGGUCUAUGGGGAAUACCAAGGAUUCCCAGGGAACUUCGCGGAUCCUAAAUCGCUGCAGUUCCGUGGUAAUCCUGGGCAAUCCAAC